AUGAAUAGUAUAUGGUGGCAAGUGCGUUCUAUUGAAGCAAGUAAAUUUGAUAAUAUAGAGAACGAUUUAUCAGAACAUUUAAAAGUUCUGGCAGCGAAGUACAAGACACAUGAUGAUUUAGUGGACUAUAAAUUGGAGGAUUAUUCUGACAUGAUAUGGAGAAGAAAAAAAGAGCAUGAAGUUUUUUAUAAUAUGCGUUUCUAUGCUCUACUUGAUCGGGAAUCUUUUGAACUAAACGAAUUUGUAGAUCUUAUCAAUGAGAGCCAGGAUUCAAUUAGUAAAUUUAGGGAUGAAUUGAUUAAUACCAGUGGAUCGCUCUUUAAUGAAAAGGUGAAAAAAAAGAAUCAUAUGAUUCAAAGCCUUCUAGACUCUUAUUUUAGUAAUUUCUAA